AGUGCUGCCUUCAGGGCCUUUUCUUUGCUCGUAGAUGGAAUACAGAAAACAAUCAAACUUGUCGUAAAUAUAAAGAGUUAGUUAGCUAGAUCAACUGGUGGCUGCCGUUUCAUUUUAGACUUCAAACGACAAUGGAAACAAGUGAAUCUGGCAUUUUACCGGCUGUUUUAAUUGGCCAAACAAAACGUUAAGCUUACAAACAUGGUUGUAAAUAAUGCUAAAAGUGUAACCUUUGUUCACUUAGAAAGCUAUUUGUUUCUUCACCGUCACGUCUUAGCGAGUCACAUAGCUGGCAGAAAGUUAAUAAAUAGGCCUGUCAUACAGUCAUAUAUACAUUAGGUAGGCCUUUAAGUACCUUAAGUAUUUAUUUCCGACAGCCCUUGAAUGUAGCACUAGCUAUGCUUCGGACAUGGCGGUAGCAUCACACGUAUGAAUGGGUUUGUUUUGGGCCUCCUGCAAGCUUUGCUCCCUGGGGAACUAAUACAUAGCAUUUUGAUAACUUAUUAUUUUACUUUUUUCAGCCCCAAAUCGCCCCUUGUCCCAGGUCUGCCUCGGGCUUCAAAGCUAAGAUAGUUUAGCUUCAUCUCCUCCACCAUAACGUUAUGCUAACCGGUGGCAGAGAUUAGCUAGCGAGCCGCUAGCAACUUUAGUUCAUAUUGAGAUAGUUGACCCAAAUGGGUAGGUCAUUGAGAAAUUACCCCUUUCGACUAAGUGUAACACGUGCGUGGUUGUUUGUGUGUUUGGAGUAAAUCAUCUCAAAAUGGACCUCAAUUUCUACUCUGACCUGUCGGAUGGUUGUGCUCAAAAUGUUGACUCGGAGUUUUUGGACACUCAAGCCUAUGGUGAAUACUCGGAGGAAAAUAAGUUUACAGAAGGCGGCGACAGUUAUCUCACAAUCAGUGGAGGGGGCCACCCGUUUUUGUCCGCUGAGCAGACGUUCCAUACCCCCAGUCUCGGGGAUGAGGUUUUCGAGAUCCCCCCUAUCUCCCUCGACCCAGACCCGACUCUGAGCAUCACUGAUGGAGUGUCCCACUUUCAGUUGACGGAUGGGUCGGGCGGCCCCGGGGGGCCUUCGGGCUCCCGUAGCCUUGUCAGUAACCUGGUGGUGGAGGCCAAUGACCCGUCCUUUGCUUCCACCUUUGUGAACUCUGGGUCUCAAGGCCUGGAGCAGCUGAACCUUGGCGCGAUGGGCCAAGCUGGAGUGGGAGCCCUGCUGAGCUCUUCUGCUCUGGAACUGGGGAAUUCCAGUGGUUCACAUUUCAGCAGUUCAUCCCCCAUGACCAUUGAUGUCCAACUUGGUGAAAUCAGUCAUGGUCUUUUGGGAAGCAGCCACUUGAGCACCAUUAACCCGUCUGAGCUGGCACUCGGUCUCGGGGGUGACAACAUUGGGCAUCCUUCAGAGACACUCGAGCAGCCGCUCUCAGCAACACCAUCACCGGCUGGCUCCCUGCAGGAUGAGGACAUGGAUGACUUCAAGAGGAGUGUGCUGGUAGACGCCCCCUUGUAUCUCUCCUCUUCCCUCUCCCACAUGUCCUCCCACCCAGCUCCUACAUCUUCUGUGUCUCCGGCUACAGCCAGGAGGGGCGGGGGGAAGCCGGCCUCACUGGCCUCAGUGACGGCAGCAAUGGGCGCUAAGAAAGGACGGAAGAAGAAAGACCCAAACGAACCACAGAAGCCCGUCUCAGCAUAUGCGUUGUUCUUCAGAGACACCCAGGCAGCCAUUAAGGGCCAGAACCCCAACGCCUCUUUUGGGGAGGUGUCAAAGAUUGUGGCCUCCAUGUGGGACAGUCUGGCUGAGGAACAGAAGCAGGUGUAUAAGAGAAAGACAGAAGCAGCCAAAAGGGAGUAUGUGAGAGCCCUGGUAGCUUAUAGAGAGAACCAACUCACACAGCCUGCCAUUGAGGAGAUGGAGACCGCCCCUUCACCACCACCACCACCACCUCCACCGGUGGUCAGUCUGAAUCCUGGAGCCUUUCAAUUAGCUGGUCACCAGGCCAUCCGUCUGCCUACCAACAGCCUGGAAGAGAACACCAUCACCAACAUUUGUGCCUCCAACAUCAUCCUGGACGUCCCGGAGAUGACCACGCGUUCCCGCACGGGGGCAAACAAAGCCCCCGGUCCAGCAGCCCCCGCUCCCCCGUCCCCGACCAUCACAAAGAUCAUAAUCCCAAAGCACAUGUUGCAGCUGGGGGGCCAGGUGGUGACCGUGUUGCCCGGAGGGGUCCGCUCUUUGCAGCCCACACUGGUGGUGUCGGGCGCCUCUCGUCAGCCACCUCCGCUGCAGCAGAUGCAGAGCGCACCGCCUCCGCCGCGGCUCCAGCAAAUGGCGCCAGCGCCUCCGCCCUUACAGGCCAAGCCCCGCGAGGGGAGCACCACGCUGGGCCCCCCGGUGUCCAUCGCGGCUACACCGAUGCCUCCACUCCAGAUAAAGAUAGUUCCUGCGUCCUUGCAGGCCAAAGAGGCCCUGCCAAUUAUCGUCCCUAGUACAAUGUCCUUGUCGUCCACUGCCCAGUCUGCACCCGUCGUGUCGGUACAGGUGGUGAAUUCUGCAGACACGUCGGGCAGCAUGGACGACGACGUAGUUACAGAAGUGCUGCACUCAGAAGAGGAAGAGAUGGAGGUGAAUGGGUCCGGUGAUGCCGGGACGAUGAGAAGUGCGUGUGUGAGGCCGGGCUGUAACAACCCGGCCGUAGAGAGCGACGACUGGGACAAAGAAUACUGCAGCAACGAAUGUGUGGCCACUCACUGCAGAGCUAUAUUCAGGGCGUGGUGCUCGUUCAGGAAUCAGACCCUGGGUCUGGUGAAUUAAGGAGCGGCGGCCAAUCACAUCAACAGAACACUUGUUUUCCAGCGAUUCCAUGUUACUAUUUUUGGCACACUAAUAUAAGGAUGAUCAUUUUGUGUUAUGUGUACAGGUUUUAGUCAAGGGACUCAAGGCAGCUAGAGGAAAAAAAAUCAGCACAAAGAAGUAUAAUAGUUGAUCAGCAAAAAGGUAUUCUUUAUUUUAGGUCAGUUAUACUUGUUUACUGUAAAUUGGAAGUUUGUUUCUCAAAAUGCUCUUUCAAAGAACAUUUUUACAGCAGUUUGUGACAUGAUGGUACGGUACUGUACAUGGGUCACGGCAUCAGCGGACCUAUUCACUGAUUUGAAAUUCAUGCUCUGCAAUGUUUUGGUGUUUCACGUCUAAGAAAGCAAAACAGUUCUGAUUCCUAACUACGGCUGAAAUAUGUUUGAGUGGGGAAACAAUUAGUACCACGCUAUUCCUUGUUUUUGUACUGAGAAUAGUGGCCUUUUGGGUUUAUUAUUGCCUUCAUUUUUUGUAAAGCAUUCUGUUCAGAUAACUGUUAAAAAAAUAAAAGCUUGACUUUCAUGUUUUCUUAAUAAAUGAGCAGAUUUGCUCAAUCCAU